UAGUUCGUAACAUGAUAUGAGGUUACUUAUGAAUCACAAAUAUCUGUUCUUCAGGUUGGUUUAUUUUAUGAAGAUGGAAAUCCCGUCGAGGCAAAAGGGAUCGGAAGAAAAAUACUAGAUAUGGUUCAUAAAACCUACGAAUCUGAAAUGGGUGGUAAAGGUUUUGCGUACGAUGGUGAAAAGACUCUUUUCACCGUUGGUGGUUUACCUGCAACUAAGCUCGAGUUCAAUGUUGUUCUGGAAAAUGCCGCAUCAAAUAGAACUAUCCGAGGUGGAAGCCCAAGUGAAGGAGAAACGAAGAGGUCCAGACGUGUGCCUCAAUCGAAACAAUACAAGGUCACUUUAAGCUACGCUACAAAAAUCCCAAUUCAAGCCAUUGUUAAUGCGCUUCAAGGUCACGAUUCAGAACAAUUUCAUGAAGCGGUUAGGGUUCUAGAUGUUCUUCUUCGCCAACACGCUGCGAAACAAGGUUGUCUUCUGGUUAGACAAUGCUACUUUCAAAAUGAUUCCAGAAACUUCAUAAGCAUUGGAGGUGGUGUUGUGGGUUGCAGGGGGUUCCAUUCAAGUUUUCGCGCCACCCAAUCUGGGCUGAGUUUGAACAUGGAUGUAUCGACAACAAUGAUAGUGAAGCCAGGGAAAGUUAUGGAUUUCCUGUUUGAAAACCAAAACGUUCGCAGCUUAAGGGAGAUCGAUUGGAUCAAGGCAAAAAGAAUGCUGAAGAACCUUCGCAUCAAGACCUUACCCUCGAAUCUGGAGUAUAAGAUCAUUGGAUUGAGUGAGAAAACAUGUAGAGAACAGAGGUUUUCAUUGAAACAAAAGAAUCAAAGAGAUGGGUAUAGCCCAAAUGAAGCCAUUGACAUAACAGUGUUUCAAUACUAUGCUGAGUAUCGACAAAUACACCUUGAAUACUCUGCUGAUUGCCCAUGUCUUGAUGUUGGAAAACCUAAGCGACCAGUUUAUAUCCCACUCGAGUUGUGUGAUUUGAUUUCCCUUCAACGAUACACCAAGGCUUUGUCUAAUUUACAAAGAGCUUCACUUGUUGAGAAGUCACGACAAAAGCCUCGUGAUCGAAUGCAAGCAUUGACUGGUGCACUGAAUCAAAGUAACUAUGGUGCUGAUCCUCUUAUUAAUGCCACUGGGAUUACAAUCACUACCACUUUCACACAAGUCGAGGGUCGAGUUUUGGAACCUCCAAAGUUGAAAUUCGGGAGAGGAGGAGACAUGGUGCCACGUGGAGGUCGGUGGAACUUCAACAACAAGACACUUGUUGAGCCUUCAAGGAUAAGCUGUUGGGUUGUAGUCAACUUUUCUGCACGAUGUGACAUGAAUGCCCUAAAGAACAAUCUCCGCAUGUGUUCUCAAGCAAAGGGAAUCGAACUCGAUCCACCAUUUGGUGUGAUCGAAGAGAACCCUCAGUUUAAACGUAGCCCUGCCCCCAUUCGUGUUGAUAAAAUGUUUGAAGCCAUAAGACAAAAACUCCCGGGCCCACCUUCGUUCAUUCUAUGCAUCCUCCCUGAACGAAAAAAUUCGGACAUCUACGGUCCAUGGAAACGAAAAUGUCUCGUGGACCAUGGGAUUGUCACACAGUGCAUCGCCCCGACUAAGAUCAACGACCAGUAUGUCACAAACAUGCUUCUCAAGAUCAAUGCAAAGAUGGGUGGAAUAAACUCUUUGUUGUCAAUUGAGUUUUCAAAUGCUAUACCAUUGGUGUCACGGACUCCCACUAUAAUCUUUGGGAUGGAUGUCUCCCAUGGUUCACCUGGACGUGCGGAUGUUCCCUCAAUUGCUGCUGUUGUAAGCUCAAGGAAAUGGCCACAAAUUUCGCGAUACAGAGCAUCUGUUCGUGCACAAUCUGCAAGAGUUGAGAUGAUCGAUGGUUUGUUUAAGCCUAUUUCACAUGAUAAAGAUGAAGGAAUGAUAAGGGAGCUGUUGGAUGACUUCUAUUUAAGCACUCCAAAAUUGAAACCGAAGAACAUAAUUAUAUUCAGAGAUGGUGUAAGCGAAUCGCAGUUUAAUCAAGUGCUCAACAUCGAACUCAAUCAAAUCAUUGAAGCGUGUAAGUUCUUGGAUGAACAAUGGGAUCCGAAGUUUUUGUUGAUCGUGGCACAAAAGGCUCAUCACACAAAGUUCUUCCAAGCCAAUUCAGAAGCUAACGUUCCUCCAGGAACAGUCGUUGAUAAUAAAGUUUGUCAUCCAAAGAGCAACGAUUUCUAUUUAUGCGCACAAAAUGGACCUAUUGGUACUACACGACCUACGCAUUACCAUGUGCUUCUUGAUGAGAUCGGGUUUUCUGCUGAUGAGUUGCAAGAGCUUGUUCAUUCGUUAUCCUAUGUGUACCAAAGGAGUACAACUGCUAUAUCUGUAGUUGCUCCGAUAUGCUAUGCUCACUUGGCGGCAGGACAGGUGGCACAGUUUGUGAAGUUUGAUGACAUGUCAGACACUGCGUCUAGUCACAGUGGUGGUGGUGUGGGUGGUUCUUCUUUCACCCAGUUGCCAAAGCUUCAUGAUAAGGUUUCUAGUUCCAUGUUCUUCUGCUGAACAACAAUGGUGGUUAUGAAUGAUUUUUGAUAAUCAAAACAUGAAUUCUUAAAGUAUGUUAUCUGGAUAUUUAUGUUUGUUGAUUGAUGAGAUUUUGAGAACGUAUUAACACAUGGAUGUUGAUUUUUAGUUUUUUACUUGGAUGCUUGCUAUAUAUCGAUUAUAAUCUUUUUGGGUGGAGUAA